AAGAAUGGAUGACAGCCGAGAGGCGAACUUGUGCAACGUUUAAAAAAUCGCAUCGAUACAAUUUCAAGCUAGGUGAUGUGGCGGGGAAGUCAAUUAUUGGAGCAUUCUCCGCCCAUCUGAACUUUCUAUCUCUUGGAAUAAUUUGAGCCUGAGAAUUGACUUGGUCCUAAUACGCUCCCUCCACUAGUUGAACAUGUAAAGGUUUUUUACAUUGAUUCAUUGAGUGUUUACUGUAAGAACAACAUUGAACAUGGAGAAACAUUAUCAGUUUUAAUAUCAGAGAACAUUAUCGACAUCGUCAAAGUGUUUCAUAGCAACGUACAGGGCCCAGUGAGUGAGAUGGUGUGAAGAGUUUUUCUAUACACAGUUCAACGAGACAUAAGAUCAUGAAAGGGUGACUGUUGAGAUCAUUGUAUCCGCUCUCUAGAGAAAAUCUGUUCGCAACGUUUUUAAACACCUGGACACGAUUUCACUUAAUCCCACCUUAAUGUCAAGUAACCUUGGGUCGGAAACUUGACAAAAUUUUGAAUUUUCUAGAAUGGAUCAAAGCACAUUCACUUAAUCUAUUUGUCAAUAUAGACAUAAUUUUCAUCGACUGGGAGCAAAAGGCAGGGAACACUUAAUUUAUUAGUUUUAUAUUAUUGAAAAGCUUGUCAGGCCCUAUUGGCGAAUCAUUAUUUCGUAUGUGAUCUAUUUCUCUGUGGGAAUGACAGUAAUAGUUUCCAAAUAGCUGGAAAAAUAGCCUGACUGUGAAGAGACGAGUUGAAUUGAGUCGUAAUCUUCUAAGUAAACGUGUCGGUCAGGUAUAGAAAGGUGGAAGUGGAUAUUUUUAAAAAACUGUCAGCUAAGUCCAGCUUGCUUUUCGUUCAAUCAAUUAGGGAAAAACGAGAGAACGCGUAAGAGGUAAGCUAGACCAAAUAACCUUACUUUUCUCAGAGGCCAGAAGAUAUUAGUGUUUACCAACACGAGCCAUUUGCUAAACUGCGGUUGCUCGUAUUUCAGAGGUAACGACUUGCUCCAUGAUGCGCUUUUUUCUUUCACUCGUACUGCUCUUUUGUAGCUCACCUCAGAAUAUUUGAUGGUGAACAAUAUUAGUCCAAUAUAUUCUGUUUAAAUUUGAUACUAAGACAACAUUUCUACUCCUGAAAAAGUAUCAGAUACUACGUCAAUUUCAUUUCAGGUAAAUUUUCCCUGAGAUCCUCAUACAAGACCUUCCGUUGCGUUAAAAGUUUGAUGAAGGCCUAAAGAAUCGCCAAAUGUCUGGCUCAGAAUAUUUAAGAUCCCCUGCUGGAGUUUCUAAGAUUGCAGAAUUUAUCCUGCUGCUGUCAGCGUUUGUAAUCAUAUCUCUUUACAAUAACUACUUUAAAUCAAGAGCUGAUAUGGGGUUUCCGCGGCCUGAUCAUAUGGACAGACUUUCGUUCUUCACGACUUCCACCAUCAUUCUUUGGCUGCUCGUCACUCUGGCCUUUGUAUUUUCUUUGUUGUCGCUCAGCGAUAGAAUCGGGAAAAAAUGGAAUAUUCUGAAUAUGGGUAUCAGCAUCUUUAGUGCCGUUAUACUGCUUGUUUCAAGCUCUCUUCUGUUGAACGAAGUUACUCACCUUUCUGAUUACCCCACCCCGCUUGGGAAAAUCAACCUGUGUCAGGCACAGGGGUAUAUUGGGAAGCAAACAUGUGGGCACUUGCAGGUGUCAGCGAUCUGCGGACUUUUGGCGAUGCUUCUCUUCGUGGGGGAUUUCAUUUAUUACUUCUUUAAAAUAAAUAAUCAACAAUGAGAAUAAAACAUGAAAUAACAUCUGAGGGUUACCUCUCGUGGGGGGAGGGGGGUAUGUGUGCCAGUAUCUAUAUAGAUAAGAAAUCUCGCACCUCGAUGUCUCAUAUUAGAAUUGGAAUUCAGACUUCUAAAGUGACACGAAAUAGAUCGAAAUCAAGAAAGUUUAGCUUGUCGCUAGAUAAAUAAAACACUUUACCACAGAUCCUAUUUACCAUAGAAACCGAUCAUCUGUCUUCAUGUCAAAUUCAUAAUCACAGUAAGUAGAAAAGAUAAAAAUUACUCUACUUGCAAAGUAAGACCGCUAAAGAAAUAAGAAAUUAUCAACUCGUUUAUCAUAUUUUUUUUUAUUGAAAAUAGAUUUCCAAGACUUUGAGUGUCAAAACUCAAAUAAGAAUGCAAUUUCCAGCAAUUUUUUUUAAUUGUCAGGCUCAAAAAUACUAUUUACAUAUGAAAGGAAGAAAAACUGGCUUGGUUAAUAGGCUUAAAACUGGCUCAUAACCAACCAACCUGUCGAAUCUUUCUCUUUCCCGACCUUUCUUACUCAAUCACUCGCAUAACAGGCUCAGACUUCAGCCGUUAGUGCCUCAGUGCACCCGCAAUCUUUCCAUAUGUGGAUCGAGUCACAUGGUAAGUACUUGGUGUAAUCCUUAAUGUAUGUUAAUGAAUGCAAAUGACCAUCUAUUCUCAUAUGUUCUUCUGUAUUGAUGCAUGUAAGAAGGAUUGCACCAAGUGUCUAUCAGUCACAGGCGCACCGGAUACCCAUAGUUUGAGAGUGAGCUUACAUUUUAAUCAAGCUAACUUAUGGAAAAAUGAUAAUAUAGAAACUUUUCCCUGUAAAACAUUAAUCAGUCCUCGAGCACGAUUAACUAUGAAAAUUUCUUUGACUUUGUGAGCAUAAUUAAAACUAAUAGUUACACUUGAUACUUUAAAUGAGAAAUAAAUUGUUUACAUCUUAACCUGAAUAGGGACUCAAAAGCUUUCAAGGAAUCGAUAUUAUAUCAUAUUCAAGUUUGUAUGUUAAAUAAGUGAAUAAAUCAUUGAUCAAGCUUUUUACUAGAGGUUUGGUUUGAUUCUCAAUAUGAUCAUACUGUUUUACUUGUUUCACCAGAGAAACCCGCUGUCAAGAGAAAUGAAGCUACGAUUGGCUCAGUCAAUGACAAAUUUCAAAACGUACUGACCUCAUUUUCUUCGUCCGAACCGUAGGUUUCAGAUCGAGCCUUUUUUCCGCUCGGAUUUAUGGACCAAGCGUGAAACUGGGCCACAUCCAGUCAAGUUGCGCCAUCGGCGUUCUCGCCUUUUCUACUAUCGCUGUUGUAGCUAUCGUUUCUCUGAGUGAUCGUUCCGUUAAUUACUACCCUAGUAGGAGCAAGAUCGAAUUCGAGCCACACAUAAUCACCACAACCGUUGCUGCGACCCUGCCAUCUCAGCUACAUCGCAUUUGUAAUCUAAUCCUCGUAUUGGUGAUUCAUCACUCCCUUCAAAUAAACGUUUAUGAUUGAUUUUCUGUGAUCUGGUUAUUUUGAACUGAUUACGUGCG